AGGCUCUCGCAGCUACUCCCCCUCGUCUAUCAAAUGAAACGUCCGUGUCGCAGGUCUGUUGAUAAAAAUGACGCUUUUCAUGCACGCGUGCUGUUUUUUACUCAAAAUCAUUACACUACCGCUGCAAGUAGCGGAGUCGGUUGGACUUUUGUCUUUCUACAAACGCGUCUUUCCUUUUAUCGUGUAUAGAGUUACGUUCUCGUACAAUGGCAAAAUGAACGAAAAGAAACGUGAAUUGUUUCGAAACUUGACUAAAUUCAACCCUCGGAACGGCCCUCUGCGUAUCUUGGAGGUGGGCUGUGGAUCCGGGGCGAACUUCGAGCACUAUCCGACGGGCUCCAAGAUCAUAUGCACCGACCCCAACAUGCAUUUUCGAAACUACCUGGAGAAAAGUAUGGCGAAGAACGACCACCUCGUAUAUGACGGCUUCAUAGUGGCGUCGGGGGAGAAUCUACAGGCCGUGGACGACAACUCAGUGGAUGUUGUGGUGUGCACACUGGUUCUGUGCUCUGUCAAGGAUACCCCCAAGGUUCUGCAAGAGGCGAAGAGAGUUCUAAGGCCCGGUGGAGCAUUUUUCUUCAUUGAGCAUGUGGCUUCUGACCCCUCAACCUGGACUUAUUUUUUUCAACAUGUUCUUCAGCCAUUAUGGUACUAUUUUGGAGAUGGAUGCGAGACAACUCGUACUACUUGGAAGCACCUUGAAGCAGCUGGCUUCUCUGAUCUGCAGCUACGACAUAUCCAAGCCCCUCUUAUUUUCAUAAUUAGACCACACGUUGUUGGUUAUGCCAUCAAAUAAUGAAUAUGAAUUUUGUUUAAAAAAAAAUUUGAGAAAACUCUUCUAAUGGUUAUCUCAAGCAUGUGUUAUUUUCAAAUUUAAAAUGUGUAUAAGAGCACUUUGUAUUAAACAGUAAAAUUGCAUCUUUGUUUAAUGUGCAAACAAAGAAUACCAAUCCUGCAUUGCAUCAUUUGUGUUAAUGUAUCUUGUUGACUGUGUAACUUGUUUGUCAAACACAUUACUACCAAGAUAACACAAAGUACAAAAAAUUAAAAAUAAAAUUUUAAUGAAACACUUUCAACUGGAUAGAACAGAGGCAUUUAAAGAUGCAAUGCAAUCUGUGAAAUGGAAAGAUAUAUUAUUGUUUACUCUGCACAGCAUUGAAGUAAUUUAAAGGAAACUGCACCACAAAAUAUAGUUUGUAUGGAAGGAAACUGCAUUUAUUAUAUUAUAUAUGUAGUUCUUGUGAUCUGGAAUCAAGCCAGGUUUUGUGAGAUUGUGAACGCAUAAAAGAUCUAUAUUGCCAUCUAGUGGAUAGGAGGUAUAAACAGCCUAACCGUCUUUUAGAGGUGCUUGAACAAGACAAACAUAAAGUGGAUUACAUUGUGCUUUAAGUGAACGUUAUGAAGCAUAAACUUAAUACUUAUUCCAUGUUUUAAUACCAUGGAUUUGGCUAAAUGUGCUCUAUAAUGUUUUUUUUGAAUGAUUAAUAAAUUGUAAGAUUUUUCUACUACCAUGUUAAAUAAUAUCCUUAGUUUAGCCCCUCAUUCCUUUUGAAAUACAAAUUACACCCUAUUGUUCAAAUGAUGUAGAGUUAUCUAUUUGUUUAUUAAACAUUUAGAGACUUUUUCAACAUGCAUGUUAGUGACAUUCUGACUGUCUUCGUUCAUUCAACUGAAACAUAUAUAGUUUUCCCAUAUAUUGCCAAGUAUGGAUCCACCAUUUUAUAAACUGAAAGAGAGAAGUAAAUGUAUUAUUUAUAAAUUAUAUAUUUGAAUAGAAUAAUAGAAAAAGCACUUGAGGCUGGAAAAAUAUUUAUUU